AUUUAAAUACAUGAAAGUGAGAACUGUAAGAUCCUGUAUGAUAAGGUGUCAAAUGGUGUUUCCUCAAUUAUCAUCGCUAAAGUAAUAGUGUCAUUUUAUUGUUAUCGAGUUACUUACAACUCAACGAGCGAGAUUUCUCUUACCUUUGGCUGCAUCAUAAUCAAGUCAAAUCUGAGAAAGAAAAGAAGAGAGGAUUGGUGCACUGAUGAUGUAGUAGUACGUGUUGUGUUGGAACUUUUUCCAAGCCAUACAAAUUAUACUAAUUUCUUCACAUUUAUUGUGGUUGUGAGAAUUACUCCAGUCAAAACGUUCAUAUAUUUUCCCCAAAAAUUGGUCGGUGAAAAUGUUGCCUUUUGAGAGAGUCCAACAAGUCUUGAAGAUUCUAAAAGUGCAUAACUUUUUUCUUUUUCCCCUGUGUUUUUUAGGUGCUGAAGCCUGAAGCCUCUGAUAUAUUGAUUGGGAAAGAAGGUCAUUCCUUUCUGGGAGACUGAAGAAAACAGAGUUCAAUUUUGAACAAGAAGAGAGAUUACAAGGAUGUUAAAAGGGAAAGCUCAUGUUCAAGAAACAGAUAUGCCAACUAGGAUGCAGAAUGAAGCCAUGGCUUUUGCUUCUGAAGCUCUGGAUAUCUACGAUGUCACUGAUUUUGCUUCCAUUGCAGCCCACAUCAAGAAGGAGUUUGAUAAGAUUUAUGGAAGUGGAUGGCAAUGUGUGGUUGGUUCCAGUUUUGGCGGUUUCUUCACCCAUUCUAAAGGAACUUUUGUUUAUUUUGCACUGGAGACCCUUAAUUUCCUUAUCUUCAAGGGGGCCUCCUCUUGAAUCUUGUUGAAUUUCAAGAUCUUCUUCCUAGAGAUAGUGAUAGAUUGAGUAGAAUGGAAUGUUGGAACAUACAAGCAAACCAUUUUAUAUUAGUCGAAUGGGAAUGGUGGAUGUUUCUAAAUAAAGUCGAUUCGAUUCAAAGUGGAAUCCCUGAGGCUUCUUCUUCUUGGUCAACAUAAUCAUCUUGGAUGCAAAUGUAAUGUGAUGGAAUGGACUUUAUUAAUCUUUUUAUUGUAAGGUUAAAUGAUGAAGACAACGAAGGUAGAACAUGGGGUGUGGCAGUUUCAGCCUGAACCGACUUUGAGAAAUGCAGUGUAGCAUUCAUGAACCUGAUCAUUCUGUCAUGUACUGAAUAAAAAAGUCAACCAGCAUGAUUUCUCUGGCUUAUGGGUUUUUCCUGCAUCCCAAAAUAAGAGCACUGUUUAUUAUUUUGUUCUUAGUUCAACAAACAAGAGUAUUAUCUUGGGACGGAGGAAAUGCACUGUAAGCAGGAACCUAAUUUCGCCGGCUAGGGACUGCAUUUCUAAAAUCGAAAUAAGCUUCCUGCUUCCCA